AUGGACCAAGGUGAUGAAGUAAACAUUGAGAAAACGGUGGUAGCAAUAGUGAACUUGCUAUCAAGCUAUUCAUUGGAUGCAAAGCUGGUGCUGAGCCUCGCAGCUUUAGCAACGGAGUUCGGGGACUUCUGGCGACUCAGGAAGGACUUGACUCAUAAGUCAUCCUUACCGAAAGAAUUCUGCUUGUCAAUGGCAAUCUUGAAGUUCGAAUCUGGCUAUCUGGUCGAGCCGAAAAAGCAGCCAGUGGUUGAUGAGCUUAACAAUCUCAUCAUGCUCAUUUUGGAGGUCACCAAAUCCAUCUCUGAGUUGGAGAAGCUACGUAACAACUACACUAGUGCCAAUGUACCAGGACUUCUACCAACCAUCCAAAAGCAUGUUUACGGGACUAUUGCAAAGCAAAUAGAGGUGUACUGGAAACUCGUUAGCAUAUUGAGAAAUCCAUAUCAUGAAUCUUCUCACGAGGUAGUGGACAUUCUGAAGAUGCUGAUUUCUACGGAGAAUGAUCCACAUCUUCUUCAUAUCAAUGACGGUUCCACUACUGUCGAUGAUGAUUUUGUUAUCAAAUUGGUAAAUCAGGGAGUGAGUAUCGACGUCCUCUCGAAGAAAGAUGUGCUCUUGUUAAUUUCAAGCUUAGACAUUUCAAACGUGGACAUUAAGAAUCUUCAAAAGAUUUAUGAAGGAAUCAAAGGCUACAAGCACUAUAAGAUGGUAUGGAUCCCAGUUAUGGAGCAGUGGACACCUGAACGACUCGAUUUGUUUAUCCAGUUGCGCGAUCAAAUGCCAUGGUACACUGUACAAAUGUUUUCAUCACCCGUUGCAGGCAUCAAGUUCAUCAAGGAGGAGUGGCACUUCAACGGUCAACCUGUCGUCGUGUUGCUCAACCAACAAGGAGAGGUUGAAAACCCCAAUGCACUCCCCUUGAUCCGCCUUCGGGGAAUGGAUGCCUUUCCUUUCGCUAAGGUGGCCGAGGACGCCAUACGCAAUUUGGACAAUUGGCUUCAUCUAGUAGCAAAUCACAUCCAUCUGAGCAUGCAAUCUUGGAUUGAAGAGGAAAAGUACAUUUUCUUCUAUGGAGGUACCGACCAACACUGGAUCAAAAAGUUGCAAGGCUACAUAAAAAGCAUCGACCUUGGAAAAUUUUUGAAUGAUGGAGAAGAUGAAGGAAACAAUACCAUAGAGUCGGUUGAAGUCGGAGAGAGUGAGAUACGCUUUUGGACCAACAUAGAAAGCUUGCAGUUCAUAAAGGAAGAUGAUGAGACACACCGAGUACUCCAAAGGCUAAUUUCCAAUAAAAAAGAGAAUGGAUGGGCUAUACUUGUUAAAGGUUCGACUGUGAUAAUCUCUGAUCAGAGUUCGAAAAUCUCGAGGGCCUUGAAGAAGCUGGUCAUUAAACUUCAGAGCGAGGAGGAAAAUAAUUUUCAUGAGGAAAAUUUUGAAACUAUAUUCAAAGAGUACCACAAACAAGUGGCUGGCAUGUUUAGCCACUCUUGCCAGAUUAAUAUUCCAAGCUCAGCUGCAAAUAUUAUUCCAAAGAACAUGAAAUGCCUUGAAUGCGGUCAAGUAAUGGAGACAUUCAUCAGUUUUCGUUGGAACAAAAGUUUAACCACCAACACACAAAAUUCAUCUGCCGACUUUGUCAGGAUCAAACCAAGGAAUUUUAAUGCUUGUUAUCCUUCUUACCCUCGUUACCCUGCUUAUCCUGCUUAUCCUGCUUAUCCUCGUUAUCCUUGA